AAAUAGUUUUCCAAGUAAUUCAAGAUUGCAAGUAUUGGCACAUUACAAAAUAUAGCUUAUACAACAUAUUUCAUCAUAUGCUGUUAAGGAAAUGGAACAGUCUGAAGUUAAAUAAAAAUUGACAGCGACUCCACCAUCAAAGGCAGAGGAAUUAAAUGUGUAAAUAAAAGCUUGUAAGAAGCUGUGAUAAUGGGCAAUAAGCAAAACAAAAUGCAACGAAAGGUUGAUGGUCAAGAUAACCAUGAUAAAGAAGAGGCUUCUCCCUUUAUAAUGUUGAAAAUUGUUCGUGAAUAUCCUUCUGGAACCCAAGAGGUAGAUAAAGAAAUCAGAACUGGCUCAAAUAUACAGGUGAAAAAUUUCAAAAAUGAUCUUCAAAAGAUGCUUGAUAUCCCUGCUGAAAACCUUUUAAUUUACCGACACAAUGGCAAGGCAAAGUUACCAAAUGUUGGCACUUUAAGUAAACUGGGCUUAAAAGAUGGUGACAUAUUGCGUGUAAGAGAUGGCAGAGAAAAGUACCAAAAUUAAAUGAUAAUAAAUUUAGAACUAGUUUAUUAAAUUAUUGCGUUUUCUUGCACUUUAGAAAACUGGAAGUUUUGUUUUCCUUUGAGCCUUUGGCUCUUGUUAGGAAUAUCAAGGCACUAACUUACAUCUGACACAAGAUACCAAUGAAUUGUUUCUCAAAAAAAUUUUAUUUAUAUGAUGUGUUCCGGAAAUAUUUUUUACUUUUUACACUAAUAAAAUCAAAACUAUUAUAGAACUAUAAAAUUGUUCAUUGUGAAUGCCAUAUACAUUACAGUUUAAAUGGUCUGAACUUCUGCUGUUAUAUUAUCAUCAUUAUAUACAUUCCCCUGCAAAUAGCAGUCAUAUAUUUCUCUGAUGCUGAAAAUAGAUUUGAACUUAAUUAAUUAUUUAAUUGGGAGACUAGGUUGUAGCACUGUUUUAGUUCAUUAAUUAAUUAUUUAAUUGGGAGACUAGGUUGUAGCACUGUUUUAGUUCAUGUCACAAGUUGUUACAUCUCCAUUUAUUUCUUACCUCGUAAAAAAACAUUUUGUUCUAAAAACAGUGAGUGAUGAACCCGCUGCAUAACUUAGCUGAGAUUAUGUCAUUUAAAGCCUAACUAAGUCUCCUUUAGUAUGUAUUGUCAGAUUUUAUGUAGAUUAAUUUAUCUUUAAAAAUUUUGAAUUUACUUUUUGUGUAACUUUGGUUCCAUUUUAUUUUACUUGAUAUUAUUUAUUUACAUUCUUUGCUGUCAUCUUAUUUGAGUGUUUGCAAACAACUUUCACCUUUACAAUGACAAUCUGCUUUGACUACAUGUAUUAUGUAAUCCAUUCCUAGGAUUAUAAAAUAAAGCCUAACAUGUGACAGGUUUUAAUAAAUGUCCCAGUUGUAAAUGUUAUACUCACCUAUGUACAAAUAAAUUGUUAUAAAAAAGGUU